AUGGCACAGGACGUAUUUAUGGAUCCCUGGCAAUCAGCAAAUUUUCCAAUGGAAGAUGAAGAAAUGGGAAUGCCUCCUGGUAAAUAUGCUCGGAUGGAAGACGAUAUGGGAGAAAACAAAGAGCGAUUUGCGAGAGAAAAUCAUUCUGAGAACUUCAUUUCUGUAAUCGAAAAUGCUUUACUGAAACAAAAAACCUUCUAUUUUCUCAUCAUAUUCAAGAUCGAACGCCGUCGUCGCAACAAAAUGACACACUACAUAAAUGAGUUGGCUGAAAUGGUUCCACAAUGUGCUUCACUUGGUCGUAAACCUGACAAACUGACAAUUCUUCGAAUGGCAGUAUCUCACAUGAAAGGAAUUCGUGGACACUCUGCUCAAGAUGAAACCUCAUACAAACCAUCAUUCUUGACGGACCAAGAACUCAAACAUUUGAUUCUGGAAGCAGCAAACGGAUUCUUGUUUGUUGUUUGCUGUCAAACUGGCAAAGUUCUUUAUGUUGCUGAUUCAAUUACUCCAGUUUUGAAUUUGAAACAGGAAGAUUGGCUUCAAAGAAAUCUGAACGAUUUGAUUCAUCCAGAUGAUCAAGACAAAAUUCGAGAUCAAUUGUGUGGAAGUGAGGUGUCAGUGAACAAAGUGCUUGAUUUGAAAACUGGAUCCGUUAAACGAGAGGGUGCUUCAACACGUGUUCACAUGUCAUGUCGUCGUGGUUUCAUCUGCCGAAUGCGUGUCGGAGCCCUUGAACCUCUUCAUCGUCUCCGCAAUCGUCGUCCACUUUUUCAACACGGUGGACACAAUUACGUUGUGAUGCACUGCACAGGAUAUAUUAAAAACGCUCCUCCUCAAGGAAUUAAUGCACCAGCAUCCUCAUGUUUGGUAGCCAUUGCCAGACUGCAGGUAGCCUCAAUGCCCGUAUGCGCAGAUCCAGCAUCUGCAAAUCAGUUCUCGGUUCGAGUAGCUGAAGAUGGGAAAAUGACAUUCAUCGAUUCAAAAGUCGGUGAUUUGAUCGGUUUGAGUAGUGAUCAACUCAUAGGAAGAUAUUGGUGGAAUUUGGCACAUCCUUCUGAUGAAAAGACACUUCAGGAUAGUUUUAUAGCGCUCCUAAGUGACCAGCCAAUGAGAAUCAACAUUCGAAUACGUACUAGUACUGAUUACGUUCCAUGUACAGUAUCUGCAUACAAAUUCAUGAAUCCCUACUCCGAACAGUUUGAAUAUGUAGUAGCAACUCAUCAAGUUUCCCCGCAAGAAGAUAUCAACAAUUGGAUUACGGGACCAUUAGAUUCUCAGCCUCAAACAUCUGGAUUCAGCGAGCUAGGAGUCCCUGGAGCCGCCGAUUAUGGACAGUCCAGCAGUGGCGGAUGGAGGACGGCCCACAAGUGGCAGCUCCUGCACAAUGGACAUGGGAUCCAAUGA